ACCACUAGAACAUGGUCAUGGAGGUCCCUACGAGGCUACGACCCUGUCCCUGCCCUUGAAAGAAGAGAGCAAGGCCGUAGGAUCGGAAUUCCCUUCCGGACAAGACACCUACCACCACCCACCACCCAGCGCAAGGCCAGGCGGCCCAGGCCACCACUCCUUACCUUUUCCCCCCUCUUUUGUUCCUUCAUUCACGAAUCCCGUCUUCUUCCUUUCUUGGCCUUCUCCACCUCAUCGCCGAGACGAGAUCUCUCCCACACGAGGAGGGCAGCAGGGAAGGGAGAGAUGGGCGGGCGGGUGGAUCACGAGUACUCCUACCUGUUCAAGAUGGUCCUCAUCGGAGACAGCGGCGUCGGCAAGUCCAAUAUCCUCUCUCGCUUCACGCGCAACCACUUCUCCCUCGACUCCAAGUCCACCAUCGGCGUCGAGUUCGCCACCAAGUCCCUGCAGAUGGACGGCAAAACAAUAAAGGCUCAGAUCUGGGACACAGCUGGGCAGGAAAGGUACCGUGCAAUUACAAGUGCUUACUACCGUGGAGCCGUGGGAGCACUGCUUGUGUACGACAUCACAAAGAGGCAGAGCUUCGACAAUGUUCACAGGUGGCUUCGUGAACUCCGCGACCAUGCUGACUCCAGUAUUGUGAUCAUGAUGGUCGGUAACAAAUCUGACCUAAUCCACCUGAGAGCUAUCUCUGAGGAUGAAGGCAAAGCGUUGGCUGAGAAGGAGGGGUUGUUCUUCCUCGAGACAUCAGCUAUGGAGGCUAUAAACGUGGAGCAAGCCUUCCAGACUAUCAUGACGGAGGUCUAUGGCAUUGUCAACAGGAAAGCGCUGGCUGCCAAAGAAGCAGCAGCUGCAACUGCUUCGUUGCCCUCCCAGGGUAAAAUCAUCAGCAUUGACAGCACUGCAGGAAACACAAAGAGGGCAUGCUGCUCUACCUAAAAAUGUUCAAACACCACAUUAUACAGAACCUUGGAGACAAUUGUUGGUAGAAAAUGGAGCAUAGUGAUCACAAAUGGUGUGGUGGCAAUAUAUACUCCUAUUCUAUUCUAUUCUUUUCUUUUCUUUAUUGUGUGGACAAAAUGGGGGUACAUGCAGUUUAGUUUGUUCAGUGUGUGUUAGUCAAAAGUUAGAUAUUUUCGUUAGGAUCCAUACCAUUUAUCUUCUCAAGUUAAAUGAUACUGCAGUAUAACUCAGAAUCAUAUAGUCCCAAGUUGCUACAGAAUUCAACUGCGAAUUUGUGAUUUCAUCAUGCUUACAUUCUA